UCGUUCAAAGUUCAGUUGUCUGCGCUGGCAAGUACGACUUUCGUGCGGUGGCAUUGGUGUUUCCUGGUAUCCUUCCUGUUUAUCAUCGUCCCUGGUUGGCCGGUCGUUAUCAAUGACAAAGCUGGUAGAAUCGUUAUUCGAGUAACUGUAACUUGUGUCACGUGUUCAACACAAAUUCAAAAUAUGUCCACAAGGAGGCAAAGCAAGACCGACGUUUAGUACACCUUUCAGCUUCUUAACAAUACCAUUUUAAGGAUAACUCAGGGAGGUGACUCGAAAGAGAGAAUGGAUGCCUUCAAGAAAUUGGCUUGUGACUUUCUUCGAUGUCUCAUUGUGCAGCUACAUUGCUUUUUCGAUUGUUUCGUUGACUUUAUCUUUGGGUUAUACUACAAAGGCAAAGAGAAACGUGUACCGCCAGUGAAGAAUGAUCUGCUUCUGGAUAGCGCCAUUGUUUUGGCAGAAAAGAUUAGGACCAAAAAAGUAACCUCCGAGGAAAUCGUUAGAACAUGUAUCGAAAGGUGUAAAGAAGUGAAUGGAUACAUCAACGCAAUUGUUGAAGAGUGCUACGAUAUUGCUAUUAAGGAAGCAAAAGAAGUAGAUAAAUUGAUUGAAAGUGGUGCUGAUCCGGAUGUCUUUAAGAAAAAACCUUUCUUGGGUGUUCCAUUUACAACUAAAGAGAGCAAUGAGGCAAAAGGUCUACCGCAUACAAUGGGUUUGGUCAGCCGGAAAGGCCACCUAUCCGAGGAAGAUGCUACCGUCAUUGGAUAUCUGAAGCAAGCAGGUGCUAUUCUUCUGGGCAAAACCAACAUACCGGAACUCAAUAUGUGGGCAGAAUCUAGAAACAAUGUGUAUGGACAAACCAACAAUCCUUAUAAUACUACUAGAAACGUUGGAGGAAGCAGUGGAGGAGACGCAGCCAUAGUUGCAUCCUGUGGAGUUCCAUUCAGCAUCGGCAGUGAUAUUGGAGGUUCCAUAAGAAUGCCAGCAUUCUUCAAUGGCGUAUUUGGCCAUAAACCGAGCGAAGGUCUCACUCCGCUGAAAGGCGUUGGCUUAAGAGCUGAAGAUUUUCCAAACUCUAUGGCAGAAGCAGGACCUAUAUGUAAAAAAGCUGAAGAUUUAGAACCCUUUCUGAAAAUUUUGGUGGGGAAGAAUAUCUCAAAACUGAAAUUAGGUACUCCAGUAGAUUUGAAGUCUUUGAAUAUUUUCUAUCAAGAAGGAUCUGGCGAUUUGAGAGCAAGUAAAGUAGAUCCUUCGAUGCGAGCUGCUUUGAGUAAAGCAGUGCGCCAUUUCGAACAACUUACUGGAAAGGCAACAAAGGUAAGAUUACCUGGUUCGGAGUACAGCUACAGAUUAUGGCGAUAUUGGAUGACUCAAGAAAACGUAAACUUCAAACAUGACGUUACUAACAGAAAGGGUACGACAAGUGCUUCAAUAGAGGUUUGUAAAUUAUUGAAAGGAUCUUCCGCGUUGACACUCGCUGCGAUACUAAAAUUAGUAGAUGAAGACCUCUUUCCGAAAGAAAAAAGUGAAUGGGCCAAGAAUACGACUGCUGAAAUGAAACAAUUUUUAUUGGAUAAAUUAGGCGACAAUGGAGUGUUGUUUUAUCCGUCUUAUCCGUCAACCGCGAAUUAUCACUUCUCUACGUACUUAAGACCAUACAAUUUCGGUUACUGGUGUCUUUUCAAUGUCUUACGACUCCCAACUUGUCAAGUUCCACUAGGAUUAGAUGAACAAGGGCUACCAGUUGGCGUUCAGGUUGUUUCAUCGCCAUUUAAUGAUCAUCUCUGCUUCGCGGUCGCAGCUGAGUUGGAAAAAACGUUUGGUGGAUGGGUACCUCCAUCCUAAAUUAAGGUACCCAAUGCAUAAAAUUUGUCCUAUGUCUAGAGUUAGCUGAUGGUGCCUUUUUGUAUAUUUUUUAUUGAACGCCCAAAUAUUAUUCCUUAUAUGUGAAGGAAGUACAGUGUAGCAAGCAUCCCUAGCUGCAUAUUCACUUUCCUGAAUCCAGAUAGUUUAACGGUGAUAUUUAAUAUAUUGAGAUUACUGCAGUGAUUAUAUUAGUGUACUAACUUAGUGAUAUUCCUUAUUUUCUUCAAAGGCAUAAAAAUUAUACAGGUGUAAGGUAAAAAUGUUACGUACUAAAUUCCCGACGAAUAAGGUCGUAUUAAUUAGUCUGUGAUCAUGUAAAGAAUGUGCAUUUCUUCAGUCUCAAUAAUAUAUAAGUAAACCUAUUUAACACUUUGGAGGGUUGAAUAGGGAAGAACGUUCUGUUAAUAAAAAAAAAAUGUAAAGGUC